AUGAUUUACUUCCUUUUCAGUAUCGUUGAUUUAACGACAUUUCUGUAUUUUACGCUCUAUACGCCACUUGUUUACUUCGUCUUCUUGAGACGUUCACUAAAUGCGAACACAUCAAAUGGUGGCGGACCAUUAUUUUCGUAUCGUAAACAAAAAGACGAAGCAAAUACCGGUGAUUUGCCAGAUACGGCAACGUAUUAUCCGCGUUUUUCGGGUCUAACGUCGCCGUCUUAUGAUGAUCUGUUUGAUUGUGACAACGGUGGU